AUGAUUGUUGAACUCACGGGAACUUCGCCUUUAUCUGUGCGCUUGCCCUCGCAGAGAGAUAACAAAGAGCGCAGAUUCUUUUAUGCUGACUUUUCCGAUGAGGCCACUGCCUUAUUCGUGAGAGAUAAACUUUCAGGACACGUCUUGCAUGGACAUGAGCUACAAGCAGAAAUUUCGAAUCCCACUUUGAAGAAGGUUAAAGAUCUUGCGCCGGCUUCACGCCAGAUCCAUCUUCAUAAUUUGAACUUUAAGCAAACGACAGAACUGACUUUGCGCCAUUUUUUCCUGGAUUGGGGCCAGGUAGCCAGCGUUCAUCUACCUUUGAGUGAUGUAAGUAAGACAAAAGGCUUUCUCAAUAAUGGCUUUGCAUUCAUCACAUUUGCAACCGAAUCCGACGCAUCUAAAGCUUUGGCAAAAGGCAAAGCUAAGAUUGACGAUAGAAUUAUUGACAUUUCUGCAGUCAAAACUAAAAAAUCUGUGGAUAAAAAAGUUCCAGACUUCGAUGAUCAGAAAACCGUUACAAUUAAAAAUGUCGCAGAGACGGUCACGGAGGCCCAGUUGCGGAAGUUGGUCGAGGAACAAGUUGGGCCCGUGAGUCAGAUCUCGCUUAAACCAAGCAAGAAAAUGGCAUUAAUUGAAUUUCAGGUGACUCAAGAUGCCGGGAAAGCCGGUUUCACCCUUGAGAGAUUUGCAUAUGAAGGCCUAUUACUUCAUGUGGGGCUGAAAAAAGAUUUCUUCCAAGAAGUGACAGCGAAAGUUCCCACAAUGAUGUCUCCAAUGCUCAUGAGAAAAAGGAGAAGAUGA